UCUCCUCUAGUCCAUCGUAACAUUAUUCCGUCAAGAUUUGGUGAAAGUGUGUUAUUUAAAGGUGUUAGACGAAGUAUAUUGGCUGGAGAGCGUGGGAAGGAGGAAAAUUACCUACUAUAGCCAGGAAUCAGAUGAUUUUAUCAAGAUGGGUGAUCGAAUGCUUGUUUUAUCGUGGAAGAACCACAGUUCCAUGUUCUCUAAUGUAAUCUCCACUUUCCGGGAUAAGGAGAACUAUACCGAUGUUACUGUAACAUGUGAAGGCAAAUUCUACCCAGCACACAAGCUGGUGUUGGCAACAUGCAGUGAAUACUUUGAAGAAAUAUUCCAGCACACUUCCUGUAAGCACCCAGUUAUUGUGCUGCGGGAUGUUGCAUCCAAAGACAUGGAAGCUCUGCUGAGCUAUAUGUAUGCAGGUGUUGCAAGUGUAGCCCAACAUGAUCUGGCAAGUCUCCUCAAAGCUGCAGAAGCUCUGUGUAUUAAAGGUUUGGCUGCACCUGAUGGUUGUGAGACACAGUCCAGCAGCAGCAGCAGCUCAGGAGGAAAUAAUACAAGUAGUCCAAAGUCGAAGAGAAGAAAGAGAGAGGACAGUAUUCCUUCAGCAACAGGAGGUACUAAUGACACUUGCAAUAGUAAUAGGAACCUGGAGGAACUUUCACAGCCAGCCGUACAGAAUGAUCAUCAAACAAGAUUAUCUCCAUACAAUGAGCAUAUAGAAAGCAGAGUGAGAGAGGAGGAAACAAAGGAAAUCAUAAACACUUCAAGAGAUGACACAAGAGAGCUACUGGUCGACCAUCGUACACCUCAGAUGCCAGAGAAGUCUGAAUUAGAGUGUACUCCAGAUAUGCCAUUUAAGGACAUAUUUGAUGACAUGCAAGUGAAGGAGGAAGAGCUGGACAAUUCAGUAGAUGAACAAGACCUGUCAUACAACAGUGAAAUAAACUACCACACCUUGCCUGAUGGUUCCAGACAAAUUAGUGAAAGUGAUGUUGGUCUAGAGGAUCAAAUGACACAAGGUUAUUUCUCAAAAUAUGAAGCUCCAGAUACAAACCAGAGGAACUUGCCGCUGGACAGUUCAGGGCAUGUUAAUCCUCCUCACCCAGAUCCCGGUGAUAACCAUAAGCCAGGGCCCUCCAGGAUGAUGGAGAAUACUAGUGGCAGUGAUGCCUACGAUGGGUUCUUGGGCCUAGACGCUUACAACUGUGACAACCAGCAAGACUUGUACAGUCAGCUCACUGACCCCAUGAACAUGCACAACCACCAGCCUCAUCUAUCAAUGAUACAGAAUAACAGUAAUGCAUUGUAUCGUGGCCCAGGGAGACCACCAAAAGCUCUGGCCCACCUCUACUCUGAGAAGAAGAUGCAUCGCUGUGGACAAUGUAAUUAUUCCACUCCCUGGCAUUCUGUCUUCAUUAGACAUUGUCGUAGACAUUCUGGGGAGAAGCCGUUUUCCUGUGAAUUUUGCCCAUUUCGUUCUAGUCGUAAAAGUGUGGUAAAUAGGCACUGCAUGAGCAAACAUUCAUCAGUUAACACAUAAUACUGUAGUACAGAAUUAUUUUUAAAAGGUUGCAUUAGUUCAGUAAUGCAUUUACAGUACAGGGUAGAACCUCGGAAAUCUGGAAAUCAGUUGUCCAGAAGUCUCUGAAAACUGGCACCUUUGAAAAAUAAUAACAAAUGCAAAAAAUAAUAAAUGGUACACUAACUUGGACUCCCUACCAACCUCACUUUCAUUGUAAGCAUUCAUCACUUUAUAUUGCGUGUGUACAGUAAGUGUUUGCUUCCUGAUUUUGUGGAGUACUGUACCAUAUAACACUUGUCUUGGAUCAGUAUUCAAAAUACAGCAUUGAUCAUUUUCUCAUCUAUUUUUCCCAGUUUAGUUGUUUACAAAUGUAUAAUACAAUUACAAAAUAUAGUGAUAGUUUAAUUAUAAAAUACACAUGUAUGUGUGUGUGACAACUCUCAUGGCCAGUCAUGUAACCUUUUUUUGUUAUUAUACAUCAUGAGCAGGGAAGGGAAUUAGAUUAAUGCAUGGGAACACAUUGAGCAUGACAGAUUGGUUCACUUCUCAGUAAGGGAGGCAUCAGCCCAUUAGUGCAAUAUUUUAGGAAUUAUAAAUGUUCUUGCUUAGUGGUUCACAGGUGUUAAGUGGAAUUUCAUUACAAAAAUAACACAGUGUCUUUAUAAAAGUAGAAAAUGGUUUAAAACAGAGGUGUAGCCUGCCUUCCCUUCUCUUAAAGCUUGCAUUCAGAAAAGGCAGAGAGUGAAGGACUGUACAGUACCUUAGAGAGUGAAGGAAGUACAGCCAACUUAUCAAGACCAUAAUUAAACCAUCACUUUUGUUCCCUGUGCUGACUGUAUUAAUGUUGUCACAAAUAUUGGAGGCUAUUUGACGGACUUAAUAAUACCUUUCAAAGCAACUUCAGAAAGAAUUUGGCCUUAACCCUUAAAGAGCAGCCAUCAUCUUUCAAGGUUUAAUGUUCUUUGCAUUCCAUUUUUGGGCACAGUAUAUGAGGGAUCCUAAGCUACUGGUUAAGAUCAACAAAGAUACAGUACAUUAAAAAAAAAUGUUGAAGGUGAACAGAGAAGCUGGAAUGACAGGAUCAGAAGAGAAUCAAGAAAUUGUCAAGUUAAAAUAUUUGGCCGCUACAUUCACAUCAUGAUGCAGGUUUUGGACAAGUUGACAGAAGGUGGUCACACGAGAUACUGAAAUCUGAAGGAAAUCUUAAGCAAAAGAACUGAAUCUAGAAAAACAAAAUAAAGAUACCUGUACUGUAUACACCACAAUAAUCAAACCAGUUGUUAUGUUUGGUUGCGAGGUAUGGACAUUGACCAAAUAUUUUAAAAUCCAUGAAGAAUUUUGGGCUCAAUAUUUGAAUAUGAAGAAAACCAGUGAAAACAGCAUAAUAAUGGUGACAUGAUUGAGGCCCUGUCACCAGAAUGGAGGACAACGGGCUUCCCAAAAUAGCAAUGCUUAGAAGACCUGAAGGAAGAAGACCAAGAGGAAGACCUAGAAAGAGGUGGCAGGAUAACAUCAAGAAAGAUGCCCUCUUGUUCUGCAUGAAUGAUGAAAAUUGAAUGGAGACUGCAGAGAGGAGAGAGAGACAUGGAGAGACUUUGUGAUGGUGACCGGGAGCCAUCAGGCCUGGAAGCCACAAGGGUAUGUUGCUGUGUGUGUGUGAUUGAAAACUUUGCUUUAUAACUGUACACUAUACUAAGCUGUACAGUAUAUUGUCUCUGAAACACCACCAUAGAAAUGAUUCAUGAUUUCUAGGGGGAGAGGGGAAUGACCAUGUUCAAAAAGCAUAAAAAUUUACAAAUAGGACAUGGUCUUGGUCCCAGCAGUGCCAGAUUUCCGAGGUUGUACUGUACACCAUUGAUUUAGACAGUUGCAAUUGUUCAUCAUUUAUUUUUUUUUUUUUU